CCCAUUUCAAGUAGAACAGGCAGACGAGCAGUUCCUGGAGGACGUUCUCGCCCUGCUCGACGUCGAGGAAGACAUGGCUGCACCACAGCACUCACCGCAGCCAACACUGAAACGUCUACGUCCUCGCGCCAACAGCGACACAGCGGUCAAGCCCAAGAGGGUCCGGAAGGACACGACCCAACGCGUGCGGAACAAAGCCAAGAUCGAGCUUCUCCGCCACGAGAUCAAGGGGCUGGAGGCGGUGCUCGCGAGCCUGCAGAACUCGAAGCGAAGGGUGGAUUGGCACCGAACAGACUCCAUGUGGAAGAUCAUCGCAGCCAGGCAGAGCUACGAGAGAGAACGUGCCGAGCACCGCAACUUGGGACUCAAGAGAAUGCUCUCCCAGCAGUGCGCGUUAACUAGGGCCCUCUCCAGCGUGCUCACCCAGUGGGAUAACCUGCCUAUUCCAGACAUUGGUUUUAGUACGUGCAUGUAGCUCGUUGUUGCCCAUGGGUCUAGUUAUCCUUGUAAAAAUAAAGGUCGUGCUUGGACAUU